GCUAUGAACGAUGAAGAGAUCCACAAUCGUAUCAUCUCUCAGCUCCAUUUCAUCUUCCGUUUUCUCAACGUUUACUCGCCUCACCUCGUCUUUCGCUCAUAGAAAGUCAGCUAAACGUAAUAGAAAGUACGCUGCUGCUUCGGAAGACCCCCACCGUCCUCGCGGAUACACGGACACGGACCCACCACCACCACCACCACCACCACCAGUCAACUAUCUAUCCCAGGACCUUUCUGCUGCCGAAGCGACCUGCGCACAUUUUCCAACCUCCGGAAAUUCCAGCAAGAAGAAGCUUAGGACCCGUGGAACCGCCACCACCACCACCAAGAAGCAGAAGCAGAAGCAGAAACAGAAGCCCACCUUUCAAAUUCGCGACUCUAGAUGUCUACAAGAGAUCACGGACCGCCUGUACGUCGCAUUCGAGGAAGGUGCCGUUCCCCUUGAUGUUCCUCGUUGCAAAGCAGAGUGGUUAAAGACACCUGACGGCGACAAGUUUACGCAUAUCGUCAAGAUCAUGCAGGGACCCGGUCCCGGACCCAGGUCCGAUCAUUACUGGGACGAGAACACGAGCACAGGCGUACUAGAGUUAUCCCUUCCACCCCGGGACGACCCCCCGUACCCGUACGUCCACGAGAGGCAGCCCUUACGCGCGGAAAGGAAGGUAUUCGUGAACGGUAGGAUGAGUCGCGAACGCGAACCUGGACCUGGACCCGGGCCUACUCUGGCGGAAUCAAAGGACAAGAUUUCGGGGCUGAGCAUCACGCAGCUUACUGCUGCGAGGGACUUCAUCUACGUGGCGUUAUACUACACAAAGCGGCGUCGCGUCCCCGGUGGGAACGUGCUCAUCACAGUUCCGCAGGAUUGUCGAGCCGACGCAAUUUCCAUCAUGAUCGUUUACCUUGGGUAUUUUUCCGGAUCUGGCAUUGGGAAAAUUCUCAGGUAUCUUGACAGAAAAGAGGGGAUCAAUUUUGUUUGGAGAGAUGUCGUGUCUAGAUAUGGACUCGGGGCACUGCAGGUAGCGGUUGCGAUAUAAUGAAAGAAAAGAAAUCUAUGGGAUCACAAUUUCUAUGGAUGCUUACAAGUUGACAUA